AUGCUCUCACGCCCCUCACCUUCUCUCGUGCUCUCACGCCCCUCACCUUCUCUCGUGCUCUCACGCCCCUCACCUUCUCUCGUGCUCUCACGCCCCUCACCUUCUCUCGUGCUCUCACGCCCCUCACCUUCUCUCGUGCUCUCACGCCCCUCACCUUCUCUCGUGCUCUCACGCCCCUCACCUUCUCUCGUGCUCUCACGCCCCUCACCUUCUCUCGUGCUCUCACGCCCCUCACCUUCUCUCGUGCUCUCACGCCCCUCACCUUCUCUCGUGCUCUCACGCCCCUCACCUUCUCUCGUGCUCUCACGCCCCUCACCUUCUCUCGUGCUCUCACGCCCCUCACCUUCUCUCGUGCUCUCACGCCCCUCACCUUCUCUCGUGCUCUCACGCCCCUCACCUUCUCUCGUGCUCUCACGCCCCUCACCUUCUCUCGUGCUCUCACGCCCCUCACCUUCUCUCGUGCUCUCACGCCCCUCACCUUCUCUCGUGCUCUCACGCCCCUCACCUUCUCUCGUGCUCUCACCUAUUCUCUCCCCUCCACCUGCUCUCUCUCCACCCUCAAACCUGCAGCAUGGUGUGGCAGAGGGGCAGCAAGCAGGCGCUGCCACUAUGAGACCGGGGAGGGGUAGGGGGAGGGGAUGGAGAGAUGCGUGGAGAGAGACAGAGGAGGGACAUGAGGAGAUGCACGGGUAUGAGAGGAUGGAUGAUAAAGAAGGGUUCGACGAGAACAAAAAGACACAACAGGGGUAG